AUGCGCCAGAGUGAAUUCGAAGACGACGAGCCGCCGGACGAUCUACUCGAGAAUCCGCCAUCGAUACAAGUGCCAAGGAAGAAGCGUACAACACACAAUUAUGCUUCCGACGAAGAGGACGAUGGCAGAGACAGUCAACAGCUUCUGCAAGGUCUUCCAGAAGAGCAGCCUCAUGAUUCGAUACCAGAGAUAGUUCCUCCGCAUCAAGGUAGACCGCCCCAGCACGACGCAUUCUGGGGCCACCUAUACUUGCUCGCCUUGGCCGGAAUGUUUGCAACCUGGUUUCUUUUCUGGCUGCAGACCGCUCCAAGAGACGCUAAAGGUGAUACUGUCUACAACACGCUUCAUGGCUCAUUUGGCCUUCUCUCGGCCUACACCAUCGUCAGCAUAUUCGUGGCGCUUUUAUGGCUCGCUGCUCUUCGCGACUACGCGCGAUACCUGGUAUUUACUAUAAUUGUGGUGGUACCAGUCAUCCUCUACUCAUUCUCGUUAUACCCAUUCAUCACGAGCUUCAAGAGCUAUCCGGAAGGAGGACGGACCCAGAAUUGGCUGAUGCGCUGGGGCUCACUGGUGCCAUUCGUCAUGGCCACGCUAUGGAUCAUUGCUGUGAUCCGGUCGAGGCUGAUCAUGCAGAAAGCGAUUGCGAUACUGGAGUUCUCGACUCGAAUCUUGGCAGCGAAUCCGGCUUUGAUCAUGGUUGGGUUUGCGACUCUUGGCUCAAUCGUUGGUUUCACUUGGCUAUGGCUGUCGAUGUUCAGUCGUGUCUUCCUGCGCGGUCAUCCAGCCGAUCGUAAUGCUGUUGUCAGAUUCGUAGUCGACACUUCGACAUGGUGGGUCGGCAUCUACUUUAUCCUGGUCUAUCUGUGGACAAUAUCGGUCAUCUUCGGCUUACAAAGGACAAUUACUUCGGCGACUGUCUCGCAGUGGUAUUUCCACAGACUGGCACUUCCCACGCCAACGUCUCAGACGAUCGUGCAGGCGGCUUUGCAGCACUCAGUAACCACGCUCUUUGGUACAAUCAGUCUGUACACUGGCCUCAGCCUGAUUGUGCGAUUGCCACUAUUGGUGCUGCCACGGCGGCUGACGAUGCUGCUCAGUCUUGCGAUGUACUCGUUCAUUCCGAGCCCGGUUGCUGUACUCAUCAACCCGCUUACCUUGACCUAUGCUGCGAUCCACUCCCAGCCGUUACGAGUCAGCGCACGAGGUCUAUCGCAGAUGCACUUUCUAGUACCAAAUGACGCAACGACAUCAUUGCAUCCCAACACCUUCAACCAGAGGAGACGUGACGGCUGGGCAAGCGACACUGCACCCUUGCAGCCAUACCGCUUGGCCAAGCUCAUUCUACAUUCGACCCGAUUCAUGAUGAGCAUGGCAUUGGGUUACGGUGGAUGGACAGCAACAAGCCGAGACGUGCCAGGGCAAGGCUUCGGUGGCAGCUUGUAUAGCUGGAUCGUCGGACUGUGCGCAGGUGCAAUCGGUUGGUCUAUCCUGGGCGCCAUGGAAGGCGUGCUUGCAACCAUUGUGGAUGCAGUCGCAGUAGCAUGGGGUUCAGAGACCAGCGGAGGCAAGAACGGAGCGCGGUACUGUCGAGAAGCUGGCAUGCUGUUUGGCGACGAUGAGGAUGGUGCAGGUGCUCGAGGCAGGGUUAGCUUAGCCUAG